AUGGAGCAGGAGGCGGGCACAGCACAGCAACUGCUCGGGAGGCGCGUGCGCGCGGACACGCGGCACCCGGUGUACCGCGGCAUCCGGUACCGCGGGGGCAAGUGGGUGUCGGAAAUCCGGGAGCCGCGCAAGUCCAACAGGAUCUGGCUGGGCACGUACCCGGUGCCGGAGAUGGCGACUGCCGCGUACGACGCCGCCGCAUUGGCGCUGCGGGGCGCCGAGGCCGCGCUCAACUUCCCCGGCGCGGCCCGCGCCGGCCUCGCGAGUGGUGAAGCUGCUGCGAGCACGUCGUCGUCCGGUGCCGGUGCCCGCGGCCCGGCGCCGGAGCACCGAGCGGGCGACAGCAGGCGCAUCGUGGACGAGGACGACGUGUUCCACGUGCCCGGGCUGCCGGCGGGCAUGGCCGAGGGGCUGAUGAUGAGCCCGCCGAGGCUCGUCGGCCCCGCGACGGACGGCGCCGUGUCGCCGGAGGAGGACGGCGUGGUGAGCCUGUGGGAUCACUCGUGA